GUCGCCGCCUGUGCUGCACUCUCCAACCAGCCCUACCUGCAGGAGGUGAGGGAUGCGCUGGUGAGGGAGAGGGCGCGUCUCAUGGGCCACCUCACAGCGCUGCCGUUCCUCAAGCCCUUCCCCAGCCACGCCAACUUCAUUCUCUGCGCCCUGCACAACACCCACUGGACUGCCAAGCAGCUCAAGGUAAGUUCCCGCUAUGCCUGCACAUGUCAUAUACCAUAUGUUGAAGUGAUGCUGGGACAGCGUGUAUGUUACCGGAUGAGCUGGCAGGGCGGGGCAUCAUGGUGCGGCACUACAGCCAGCCCGACACUUUGUUAG